UAACAACAGUCCACCAGCCUUCUUCAUCCCGCUCAUGUUUAACAAAAAAUAAGCCUUUUAGCCUCUUUUCCUCAACGACCCAAGUUUCUAUUUUUCUUCUUGUUUUCAUUUCCUUUACCAAACCUUGUUGAGAAAAAGAAAAACUCUUUUUCAUGGAGCGUGCAAGGAAGGUGGCUAACAGGGCAAUCCUGAAACGUUUGGUUAAUGAAUCCAAGCAAUCACGCAAUGGUGAAAUAAGCCUUAGAUCACCUGUUUCGUACACUCCUUCAAGGUAUGUAUCUUCAUUGUCACCAUUUGUUUCUAAGAGUUAUAGCAGAUCAGAUUUAUUAGGUGGUAGAAAUGUGUCGAACAAUGUUGGUUUCGGCGCUGGGUCACAAAUUCGAUCCAUUUCUGUUGAGGCGUUGAAAUCAAGUGAUACUUUUCCUCGCCGCCAUAACUCUGCAACCCCCGAGGAGCAGACCAAGAUGGCUGAGUCAUGUGGAUUUAAUAGCCUUGAUACUCUUAUCGAUGCAACUGUGCCCAAGGCUAUACGUAUUGAUUCCAUGACGUUUUCCAAGUUUGAUGAGGGGUUAACUGAGAGCCAAAUGAUUGAACACAUGAAAAAUUUGGAAUUAAAGAACAAGAUUUUUAAGUCUUUCAUUGGAAUGGGUUAUUAUAAUACUCAUGUUCCCCCUGUGAUUUUGAGGAAUAUAAUGGAGAAUCCAGCUUGGUACACGCAAUACACUCCUUACCAGGCUGAGAUAUCUCAAGGACGCCUUGAGUCUUUGCUUAAUUACCAAACUAUGAUUACUGAUCUUACUGGAUUGCCUAUGUCGAAUGCUUCGUUGCUCGACGAGGGAACUGCUGCUGCCGAGGCAAUGGCCAUGUGUAACAAUAUAUUGAAAGGAAAGAAGAAGACUUUUAUUAUUGCAAACAAUUGUCACCCCCAGACAAUUGAUAUUUGUAAGACAAGAGCUGAUGGUUUUGACAUUAAAGUCGUUACUGCAGAUCUUAAGAAUAUCAAUUACAGCUCUGGUGAUGUCUGUGGGGUUCUGGUUCAGUAUCCGGGUACCGAGGGUGAGAUUUUGGACUAUGGGGAGUUUAUUAAGAAUGCUCACGCCCAGGGUGUUAAGGUUGUCAUGGCAACUGAUUUGUUGGCUUUGACAAUGUUGAAGCCCCCAGGUGAACUUGGAGCAGAUAUAGUUAUUGGCUCAGCACAGAGGUUCGGAGUGCCGAUGGGGUACGGUGGCCCUCAUGCUGCAUUUUUGGCUACUUCCCAAGAGUACAAGAGGUUGAUGCCAGGGCGAAUUAUCGGUGUUAGUGUUGAUUCUUCAGGGAAGCCUGCUUUGCGUAUGGCUAUGCAGACCAGGGAGCAACAUAUCCGCAGGGACAAGGCUACUAGUAACAUCUGCACUGCUCAAGCAUUACUAGCAAACAUGGCUGGUAUGUACGCUGUUUAUCAUGGACCUGAGGGCCUAAAAGCCAUCGCACAACGUGUCCAUGGUCUUGCUGGGGCAUUUGCUUUGGGGCUGAAAAAACUUGGCAUUGUGGAAGUCCAGGGUCUUCCCUUCUUUGAUACUGUGAAGGUUACAUGCGCCGAUUCUCAUGCAAUAGCAGAUGCUGCUUACAAGAGUGAGAUUAAUUUGCGGGUUGUUGAUGCCAAAACUAUCACUGUUUCAUUUGAUGAAACAACUACCUUGGAUGAUGUGGACAAGCUUUUCAAAGUAUUUUCCGGUGGCAAACCAGUCUCGUUCACUGCUGCAUCUCUUGCACCAGAGGUUGAGAAUGCAAUUCCUUCUGGACUAUCGAGACAGAGUUCAUACCUCACCCACCAAAUAUUUAACACAUAUCACACAGAACAUGAGUUGCUUCGAUACAUUCAUAGGUUACAGUCAAAGGAUCUAUCAUUGUGUCAUAGUAUGAUUCCAUUGGGAUCUUGUACAAUGAAACUAAAUGCGACAACUGAAAUGAUGCCCGUUACAUGGCCUGGUUUCACUGACAUCCACCCGUUUGCCCCUCCCGAUCAGGCUCAGGGUUAUCAGGAAAUGUUCAAUAAUUUGGGUGACCUGUUAUGUUCAAUCACUGGGUUCGACUCUUUCUCUUUACAACCUAAUGCUGGUGCUGCUGGGGAGUAUGCCGGAUUAAUGGUUAUCCGAGCAUAUCAUAAGUCAAGAGGAGACCAUCACCGGAAUGUGUGUAUCAUACCUGUUUCAGCACAUGGGACAAAUCCUGCUAGUGCUGCAAUGUGUGGAAUGAAAAUCGUUCCUGUCGGAACUGAUUCCAAGGGUAACAUCAACAUUGAAGAAUUAAGGAAAGCUGCUGAAGCUAACAGGGACAAUUUGUCCGCUCUUAUGGUCACUUAUCCUUCAACCCAUGGAGUGUAUGAAGAAGGGAUCGAUGAGAUAUGCAGAAUAAUCCAUGAGAAUGGAGGUCAAGUGUACAUGGAUGGGGCUAACAUGAAUGCCCAGGUGGGUUUGACAAGUCCAGGUUUUAUCGGAGCAGAUGUUUGCCAUCUGAAUCUCCACAAAACCUUCUGUAUUCCACAUGGAGGUGGUGGACCUGGCAUGGGACCUAUUGGUGUCAAGAAGCAUUUAGCACCCUUUUUGCCUUCACAUCCUGUGAUAUCUACUGGAGGUAUCCCAGCCCCUGAAAAAUCAAACCCUCUCGGUACCAUUUCUGCUGCACCUUGGGGCUCUGCACUUAUCUUGCCGAUAUCAUACACUUACAUAGCCAUGAUGGGAUCUAAGGGACUGACUGAUGCUUCAAAGAUAGCUAUUUUGAAUGCAAACUACAUGGCAAAACGCUUGGAGAACCACUACCCCGUUCUUUUCCGUGGUGUCAAUGGAACAGUUGCUCAUGAAUUCAUUGUUGAUUUGAGAGGCUUUAAGAACACUGCUGGAAUAGAGCCAGAAGAUGUUGCUAAACGUCUUAUGGAUUAUGGAUUCCAUGCUCCUACAAUGUCAUGGCCUGUUCCGGGCACACUUAUGAUCGAACCCACUGAAAGUGAAAGCAAGGCCGAGCUUGAUAGGUUCUGUGAUGCUCUCAUCUCUAUCAGGGAAGAAAUUGCUCAGAUUGAAAAUGGAAAAGCUGAUAUCCACAACAAUGUUCUGAAGGGAGCUCCUCAUCCACCAUCUCUGCUCAUGGGAGAUGCAUGGACAAAGCCAUAUUCACGGGAAUAUGCGGCCUUCCCGGCUUCCUGGCUCCAUUCUGCUAAGUUCUGGCCUACUACAGGACGUGUUGACAAUGUAUACGGCGAUCGCAACCUCAUCUGCACCCUGCUCUCAGUCUCGCAGAUGGCUGAAGAAGAGGCGGCAGCCAAUGCAUAAUCGGCGAAUCCGUGUGUCUUUGGGGGCCCUUGAUCUGUGAUAUACAUAAUCUCAAAGAUGCAAGUUGAAAACAUCUCGUCCAUCAAAAGAAGAAGAAAAAAAUCCUCAUCGUCUCUUUCUGGCUCAUGUACAUAAAGUAUCCACCAUUUGCAUAUAUGUUCCCAGCUACAGCUGUGACUUUUCAUUUGGUUGAUAUACUUAAUCAGCUGCUGCUUUAAUAACAAAAAUUGUUUCUGAUUGCAACUCAAAUACUGUAAUU